AUGGCUCUCCGCAAGGUCUUCGCUGCCUGUGCAGCUCUUGCUCUGGUGGGUGUCGACGCCAGCCGCUUCGAGAGCAGCGCCACCAGCACCACUUCCACUGUGCCCACAUCGACCGGCUAUCUUUCCAACCCCGGUUUCGACAACAACGGAGCUGGCUGGACCCUUGCUGGACAGGCCUCCAUCAACGACUACAACUGGUAUCACGAUGCUGUCGGCGCUGCUCUACUAUCUGUUACGGAAACCGGACAAGACGCAGGGAGCAGCAUCUCCACCCCUCUCAGGAACCUCGUGCCCGGACAAGACUACGAGGUUUCCAUGUACUGGUCGCUCAACUGGUGGUGGAGCCCCGACGUCUGCUCCUACGUCUUCUACAUCGACGACCAAGACUUCACGAGUGCGGUUCAGACGACGAGCGGCUGGGUGCAGCUGUCGACAAGUUUUACGGCGCCUAAGGCCGAUCCAGAGCUGAAGAUUCAGCUAUGGUGCUCAGCCAUUCCUAGUAAUGGAGAGUCGGACUGGGAGCCGUUGGUGAACGCCUACAUCGACGACGUGGCUAUCGUCGAGUCUAAUUAG